AUGCAAGACAGUCUUCCUCCAGGGUUCAGAUUCCAUCCCACAGAUGAAGAGCUGAUCACGUACUAUCUGUGCUGCAAGGUUUCUGAUGCUAGCUUCACAUCGAAAGCUGUAGCAGUUGUUGAUCUCAACAAGUGUGAACCUUGGGACCUCCCAGGCAAGGCUUCGAUGGGAGAGAAAGAGUGGUACUUUUUCAACUUGAGAGACCGAAAAUAUCCAACUGGACUUCGAACCAACCGAGCCACAGAAGCUGGGUAUUGGAAAACAACUGGGAAAGACAAGGAAAUCCAUCGAGCAGGUGUGCUGGUUGGGAUGAAGAAAACCCUAGUUUUCUACAAGGGUAGAGCUCCCAGGGGUGAGAAAAGCAACUGGGUCAUGCACGAAUACAGACUAGAAAACAAACAUCCUUUCAAAUCCUCAAAGGAAGAAUGGGUGGUUUGUAGGGUGUUUCAAAAGAGCAUAUCACUGAAAAAGCCACAGCAAACAACAACAUCCUCACAGCAGCAGCAGCAGACAUCUAUUGAGUCCCCAUGCGAAGAAACAAACUCAAUCGUGAACGAAUUUGGAGACAUCGAGUUGCCAAACCUAAAUAGCAACAACAUUGCAAAUUCAUCCACUGGGUUGAUCAGCACCAUGUCCUCAACACAGAGCUGUUACAAUAAUAAUAUUAAUGAUCAUACUAGUGACGUGAACAUGAACUGGGGCGCAGCAAGAGAGGCAGCUGCAAGCGCUCUUCCGACGUUAACGUGGCCAUGGCCAUCGAACUUGCUAACUCCGUCGAACCUUUCGGUGAAUUCAUUGCUUCUUAGGGCAUUGCAACUUAGGAGUAGUAAUACAGGUGCAGCUACCCUAGAUCCCUCUUACUCAUAUAAUAAUAAUAAUAUUAAUAUUAAUAUGGAGCAAGGCAUGCCGCGGCCAAUGUCUCAGUUUGGGUCCGGCACUAGUGCAGAUAUGAAUUCAAAUUUCCAAGCAUCUUCAUCGACGAGAGAUAUGAUGGAAGCCGUGCCGCCACAGCAGCAUCCGGAGCAACCAUUCAACUUGGACUCCAUUUGGUGA